UCCCUUGGCGCCUCCGGGGAAGCGGCGCGUGUGCUUCGGGGUCCUGGGCUGGGUCCCCCGGUGGCGAGGAUGCGGCCACCGCGCAGCCCUGUCCGCGGAAGGUACUGAGAGCCUUGCCGUCUUCUUUGCAGCCGGAGGAAUGCCUGGGAGGGGGAGAGGCUUCUCCGCUUUCUCUCCGGGAGAGGAAACUUCGGAGACUUCCCUCGGCCAAGCAGGUGGCUGGCGCUCCAAAGAGAAGCCUCCUUUCUCCGCCUCGGCCGCUCUGCUUCUUCUUCUCCUUCAGGACGCCUGACCUGGCUCCGCGCAGGCAUCUCUCCAAGGUAACAUUAAUCUUUACCGGAUAUUUUGAGCCACUGGAAAAGAUUUUCAGGAGCAGAACUAUGAAGCUUCCCCAGCUGACAUUGAGUCUGGACGCCUGUGGAGUCCCUCGCCUCCAGCAAGGAAGAGUCUUUCCCUGCCUAAGAGUUGCCAUGCGGUGCUUUCUGAGGCGGUCACUUACAAUAAGCAUUUCCCUGCUGGUGUUCCUGCUCAUCAUAAAUCUGUAUUCAUGGCCCCAAGAGGAUUCUGCAAUGAAGGAAGUGCAGCGAUGGGCUCAGGAUAUAGGCCUUCACCAGCUUCAUGCUGAUCAGAACCGUCACAGCCUUCAAAGGCUUAGCAAUGCCACCAGUUUCCUGAAUGUUUCUUAUCACUAUCUUGCUGGCAUGCCUCCACUCCAAAAAAAGUUUCUGACAGUGGGGCUGUGUUCUGUCAAGCGAAAGCGAGAGAACUAUCUUAUGGAAACCUUAAAGUCUGUUUUUGAACAAUCAACACAGGAAGAGCUGAGGAAAAUGGUGGUGGUGGUGCACUUGGCUGAUCCAGAUCAGGAGUGGAAUGCACAAAUGGUCAAGCAGAUUGCCAAGAGAUUUGCUCCACAUCUUCUACUGGGCCACUUGCUGCUUAUUCAUGCACCUUCUGAAUAUUAUCCUUCCCUGGAGGACCUAAAGAGGAACUUCAAUGAUGCUGAAGACCGUGUGCAAUUCAGAUCAAAGCAGAAUGUGGAUUAUGCCUACCUCAUGAACUUUGCAGCCAACCUUUCUACCUACUUCCUCAUGAUUGAAGAUGAUGUCCGUUGCUCCAAGUCCUUUUUCACAGCCAUCCAAAAGAGGCUGGCAUCCCUCAAGGAUGCCUCUUGGGUAACCCUGGAGUUUUCCAAGCUUGGCUACAUUGGCAAACUCUACCACUCCCGUGAUCUUCCCCAACUGGCUCGGUUCCUCAUGCUCUUUUACCAAGAGAUGCCUUGUGACUGGCUUCUUGUGCACUUUCGCCUCCUCCUUACCCAAAAGGAAGUCAUUCGUUUCAAGCCAUCCCUCUUCCAGCACAUUGGCCACUACUCUUCCUUCCAGGGCACAGCAAACAGGUUGAAAGAUGAAGACUUUGAAGAGGACCUUUCUAGAUUCCCAGACAAUCCCCCAGCAGAUAUAGUUACAGAUAUUGUGACAUUUGAGAGUUAUCUGCCCUUUAAGGCUUACAGCAACAUGGCAGACUAUUUCUGGGGCAAGGCCCCCGCGGCUGGCAAUUCCUUCACACUGGUGUUUAAGCAGGCAGCCCCCAUUCUCCGCAUCCAGAUCCAUACAGGAUUGGAGCACCAUCAAGACGAUUAUCUCCGGGCAGGGCUUGUGGAGUUGGGCAUUGAGAAGGUCAAGCAACACUGUGUCAAGUAUACCCCCAUUGGGCGCUUUGAAAAUGGACAUUUUGACAGGGAUAACCUAGAGAACAGCACAGCCUCUGUGCCUGAGUGCAUGCGCAUUAUGGUGACUGAGAGUCAGAAUGAAUGGCUGAUCAUACACAGCAUCAGCAUCUGGACAAAGCCUAGGUCCUGAAUGAACUCCAUGCUGAAUUAUCAACUUUUUUUUUUGCAGUGGCAGGAACACUGAUGGUGGGCAGGUUCUCCUUAUUGAUGUAAGAAUCGAAUCCAGUGGUUCUCAACCUUUGGUCCUCCAGAAAUCCCAGCUAGCUUACCAGCUGGUACGAAUCAUAGGAACUGAAGUCCAAAACACCUGGAGGACCAAAGGUUUGGAACCACUGCAAUAGGCAGAAUAAAAAAAUAGGUUCUGUAUUCUCGAUCAUAAUGAGUGUGAUAUCAUUUACAAAUUAGAUGCUUUGGACCUAUAUAUUUUCCCAGAAAUCAGGUCAACCCAACAGUAUUCUUCACAGUUGUGGCAACCUGCAGUAUCUUCAACUGCACCUGUCGGAGAGGCCCUGUUGCACAAGUUUCUCUAGUUCCAGGCUGAACUACUUUAUACUCACCUUCCUUUUCCAUUGUCAGUAUGGUUUGUUAUGUGGAACUAGAGAAAUAGCAAUCAAACUGGACAUCGGAAUGGAGUAAUUAGUCCACUUUGUAGCCUCAGGAACAUCUGUCGGGAUUCCUCUUGGCUUUGUGCCCUCCGGAUCUACUACCCUGGAAGGUACACAACUUUGCAAUCUCCACCAUGGAAGAUCCAUAGAGGCACGGGUGGAGGAAAGGAUAUGAUUCCUCAUUUCCCGAGCUCUAGUGUGAUCAACCAGAUCAAUGAUUACCUAUACCUCUCAGGUGUUUGUAUCUAAAAUGCAGAUUAAUGGCUCUACAAGAGACAAUAUUAUAGGAGACACGCUGAGUACACACGUUUUCACCAAAAUUGCAUGGAGCAGAUUUAUAAAAUGCUCUAGUCUACAGAGGCCUUCACUAAAGUUGUGAGAUGAAUUACUUGCACUUCAGUAUGCUGCUGGAUGAUUUUGAUAUUUAUUUGUAGCAAGUAUGUGACCAACACAUACACUAAUUAUUCUUUAUAAUUAGAAUAAUUUUCUUUAAAAUCUGCCAGAAUAAGAAGAGACCACUUACUCCGCCCAAACAGACUGUGAGUGGGAUAUGGCAUCUGGUCAACUGUUUUUUCCUGUGGCUACUCCAGAUGGACUUCUGGGACCAGAGAGUUCAGGUUUCUUGCAUUCCUGCUAGGCACUUCCUGUAAUUGUUACCUACUUGCAUCAGAUUUCUUGGUUUAAGGCAAAAAGGAAAAAGAUUGCAUGGGUUUUGUCUUGAAAGAGAUUAUUUUAAAGGGUCCUUGCUUUGGAGAAAACAACUUCUGAAGUAAACAAGGAAAAGAGGAACAUGUUGUAGUUGGCAGGUUUGUUUUGACCAUCACAAGUCUUUCAAAUGGGAACAGGGAGGGGAAGUGAAUUAGAGAGUGGCCAUUAUAGUGCUGAAGGGCAGAGAGAGGGGAGGGAAGGAAGGAAGGAUGGAAGGAGAGAGAGAAGUAGCAGUAUAAUACACAACAGAGUGGUGUUGGUUCCCAGACUGUCUCACCAGUUAGAGGUCCUGAAUGGUCUUGGUGAGAAUUACCAAAGGCUGAAAGUACUACUGCUGAAUGCCAGGUAAUUGAAUAGGAGAAAGUGGCAUCUAGGUCCUGAUCUAGAAUAAGCAUAUCGACCUGGUUCCUGGAGGUUUGAUUGGAUGAGUUGGAGUAAUAAAUCUCCAGGAGAUCAGACUGGGGUAUAUGAGAUGCAUAGUUCCAAUAGUCCACAGUCACUCUAUUUCCCUGCCCAGUCCUCAGGUUUGAGUGUUAUAUCUUUAAUACCAAAUGGAAUCCUCCUGGGAUACUUCCCAUCCUGUUCCCCAAUAGUUUUCCCUCUUGAGCUAACUAGGGUGGUCCUGAAGAGGCUACUGGAACCUCCACAACUUCUUGUUCUCAGAAACUUCAACAUCCAUGCUGGGGUUUUCCAAUUGAAAGUGGUAUCUAUAGUGACCAUGGAUCAAUGGCAAAUUAGGGAAUAAAAUCUAAUGUGUCAAAUGGGUGUUAUACCUCCCCUAAAGACUCUGGUUCCUAGUUUGGGUAUGCUUCUGUACCUAUAUUAUUCUUAUGUUUCAGUGAUAUCCAGGAGUGUGUUAUCAUUAUUCAAACUAGUACAUCAAAUGCAACCAUACUAGUAAACCUGGCCACGGUGACAAUAAUACCUUGGUUUGAUUUGGGCAUGGUAGUAUACCAUUAGUUGCAUUCUAUUUUAAUGGAGCAACUGGUCCAGAAUAUUGCAGUCAGACUCUGGAACAAGAUAGUAACAAGGCCCUGCGAGUCUUUUGUAACAACGUGUUUCUUUUCUAGAUACAAUUCAGAUUUCUGGUUGUGACCUAUGAAGCCUUGUAUGAUUUGGGACUGUUUGAAAGAUCACAUUUUCCUAUGUGCGCCAAUCCACGUCUUAAUUUCUUCAGGGAAGGCAGUUUCUCAGUCCAUCUGCUAUUAUUGUUGAAUCUAAAACCGAGAGAGAGAGACUUCUUGGUGGCUGUUCCCAGAGGCUGGUGCACACUGCCAAGCAACACUAGGCUGGCUCCCUCUUUGUUGUUCCUCCAUUGGAGUCAAGGGCAUUCUUAUUCAGGCAGGCCUUUCAUGGGCAAGCUGGUCUGGUCUUGAAGGCAUCCAAGUGCUUUGCCAAUGGCCACGUCUUUUACUGUGUGUGCUUUUAAUUUAUUUGUUUUUGAUGGUUUGUACUUUGAUUAAAUAAAUCUAUUUUUUAAUAUUGUUAUCAACCGUGAGUGCCUUGUUGGCAGAAAGGCAGGGCACAUUAAAUUAAUAAAAAUAAAUAAUAACUUCAGAUAUAACUUA